AUGUUUCCACUCAUUGCAGUUAGGAGAUUCAUCAACGAAGAGACAGAUGAUGACAACUGGGGAUUUGAUCUUACAUAUCACUCACCAUGGGGCAAGAUCGGUUUAGGUUACCACAGCAACGCCGAAGAGUCAGAAGAAGAGGACAGCAAUAUUCUUACAUUAAUUAUUCCUAAAACUUAUUCUAUUUAUGAUACGCCAGCAUGGCGUAUGUAUUUGGGUGCAAAGGAGCUGUGGGAAUCUCAUCGAUCUCCAUUAUUUAAAUCAAAUGAUGCCCAUGAUUAUUUUGAUAAAAUCGGUUUUCGUUAUAGAAUAUCCAAAUUAGAGGAAGAACUAAGGAAGCAUCAAAAAGCAGUCAAAAAGCUACCAAGAGCUAAGCCUAAUCUUGAAAUUGUACCUUUUGCAGUUCAACAUCAAAUGAGAUGCAUGUCUCUCAAGAAUUAUAAGAAUCAACUUAUUCGCGAAGGUAAACCCAUUCCAAAAUGGUUAUCUUCUGAAUUAAGAUUUUGCCAUUUCAUUUAA